CCAAAACAACGUAGACUGGCAGCAGCUCUGCCAUAUACAUAAGUGAUGAUAACAACAUUUUAGUAUUGAAAUGUAAACACAUUAAACAGUACAGUUUAAAUGGUAGUCGUAUGAGGUUAGAACGGAAAAAAUUACUUGUAAAUAAAAUUAAUGAAAUAAAUUAAAUGUUUAAGGAUUAUAAUUUCUAUUAAAUAAAGAAAAUGUGCGUGGAUGGAAAAAAAUCAAAAUAACGCAAUGCUUACAAGUUUUUACUGUUAUUGUGUACAAAUUUUGAAUUCCACUUCCAAAAAAUACAGUGUAUAAUAAAAUAAACUGCAAAAUCCUAAUGCCGAAAAUCUAAGUUGGUGGUGUUGGAAGGAAAUACAGAAGCGUUCUGCACAAACACUCAAUGUUGCUUUGCAUCCUCCAACCUUAAAACGAGUUUAAAAAAAUAAUAAUAAAUAAUUAAAACUACGUAAAAUGAACAGUUUAUGAAAUAAAGCCAAGAACAUAUUCAUUGAUUAGAUUGCACAAAUCCCUUAACAGAAAUUCUGAAAAACUAAAGCACUGAAGUUAAGACAAGUACAAAGACUCGAAACUAGAAAAAUGUGGCAAUUUCUUCUCAUAUACACCAUUAUCUCAGGCGGGACGCAAAAUUUUGUGCAUUCCGCAGUCACGAAGCCAACAGAGCACACCAUUCUCGUAUCUCACGCCAAUAUCAGAGACCGCAAAUUCCAAACUCAUUUCAUUGAUGAGCUCAACACUUUGGUAGAUACAGCCGCUGGCGUUCAUCUGAAUGAACUGCUGCGGGAACUACGCACCAACAAAGACUAUGCCGCGCACGCCGUGAAAAUUGAGACGGCCACCAGUGUCACGCAACUCAUACCGAAAACCGUUUAUCUCAAGCAAUUGUUAGAUCUAAAAUCCAAUGAACACUCGCUCGUCGCCAACGACUAUUACACAGUGCGCAAUUUAAAUUUUGUUGCCAAACUCAAGCGUCAAUUGUUACAACUGCAAGAAGAGAGCGCCUCAGAACUACGCAACCUUCGUUGGUAUAAUUUAUGUGUUCAAUUUUGGUACAACGACGGCUUGUCGAACCAAACGACGACGACGAGGACGUCUGCAAAACGAUUGAAUAACAGUACAAAAACACUAGCAGCAGCGGCAACGGCGACAAACUACUGGGCCGACGUCAAAUUGGCACCUUUGCGUGCGGAAGCAGUACGUGCAACAUCAACAGCUGCAACACCCAUGGCUCACAUCGACCUCGAACGUUUCGCGCGUACUCUAUAUGCAAAUGUAAAAGCUGCGGGUGCAGAGAUAAUCGACGAUUAUUUGCUAACCGUACGUAAGUUGUUGCAGGAAGUUAUUGAGGAAAAGCAUAUUGCGGCUUCGACGUCAUCAACGGAAGAAGAGGAGGCGGUGGCUGCGGAUGAGCUCCCGACAAACGUUAGUAAAGAGGAAUUACAUGCACUGCAUGUAAGCAAACUGAGCAAAGUGUUAAACGAAAUCGAUGCAAUACUCGCCAUUGAAGAUUUCUAUGCGAAGCGCAAUCGCCUGUAUAAUUAUCUCGAAAAAGACCUCUCUGCCGAUUAUGAGCAAUUUAAAAAUUCACAGUAUGCACACGAGGAUUUGUCGGUUAUUUUAGAGAAAUUGAAUCGAAAAGGUCUGGAUCUCUUUGUCACAUUUAUUUUCAGCAACUUCGAGUUUCUCGAACAUUUGCAAGAGACCUGGCGGAAACUGUUGCCAUGGCCGUCGCAAGCGAAUGAAGCGCCAUUGGAGUAUGACCCGGCUUCGCAGCGUUUAUUUAAUGUCCAUCGCUUGUAUGUGGAGUUCAAAGGGGAUUGGGAGAAUAGUGAGCGCUAUGAUGCAUAUCAAGCCGAGGUGAAGUCCUUAUUCACGGAUACGCGUAAUGGUAGCGCGAAUAUGCAUAUCUUCGAGCUGUUACAUAAUGCAUCGGCGAACGUGGGCACUGUUACUCUGAAUAUGAUCAAGGCGAAAUGUGAUGAACUAUAAGUACAUACAUAUGUGGGAUAUCUGAGGACGGGAAACUGACGCAUUUGGCUCAUUAUUUGAGCUUAUAGGGAAUAAGGAUCAAACUGUUUAAAAACAAAAUGUUUAAUUUAAGUUUUCUAAUACUAACAAGGUAAUAAAAGGAAUUAAUAAAUGAAUUCUGGGUAGUACUAAGUCUUCUCC